CCUCGGCACAGGCCUCCAGAGCGCGCAAAACAAUAUGGGGGAUGUGUAUUUCUGCCCCUCUCAAAAACACACGAAAACUGACUGCAGAAAAGCCAAGAAUUGUCGAAAAAGAAGUGCUUGAAAAAAAUAAUUCGUGGGAAUGCUAACCACGGAUAUGAACUCGUCUAAUUAUGUGCAAAAGACUGUGUAAAAGCAUGGUUGAAAAUUUUGAAGAGUCAAGUCUUGUGCUCGAGUCAAGGUCAGCUGAAAUUUCAGAGUAAGCCACAAGAUAAAGAAAGAAAAAACGAGCUAAUUUUAUGGACACCUUCUCCGACAAGUGCUCCUAUGUAUUUGUUCUUGCACUGGCAGACGUAGGUGACCCGUGUAAGAUACUGGAAAUGAAAGAUACAGUUGAAGGAAGGUAUCUAAAAAAUCACGAAGAAGCCAACUUCACGGAACAAACAGAAGCAGGCUGCAUCGUGAAGUGCUUGUUUUUCAGCCCAAACCGCUAUUGUCAAUCAGCCAACUAUUUCCCUGUGACCAAAACCUGUCUGACCAGCACGUCAAACCGCCAUCAACACCCAGAGGACUUUGUCUACGCACCGGGGAGUGUUUAUCUUGGGACCAUGAACGACUGCGCUGCUGGUUCAUGUCCGAGUGACCGGAUGUGCAAGGCUGACUUUUUGAAUGGCGGGUUCUCGUGCGUCUCUCCUAUCCCAUUACCACGACGCGGUAAUGCAAAUCCCUGCGACUCGAGCCCUUGUAGCAAUCAUAGUGUUUGUAACAACCCACAGGACGGCAAAAACUACACGUGCACCUGCUCUCCUGGAUAUACGGGAAGACACUGUGACACGGUGAUACCCUUGAAGCCGUGUGUCUCGAGUCCCUGCAGUAAUGGCAGUGUUUGUAACAACACACAAGACGGCAAAAACUACACGUGUACCUGCUCUCCUGGACACUGUGACACGGUAAUACCCUUGAAGCCGUGUGUCUCGAGUCCCUGCAGUAAUGGCAGUGUUUGUAACAACACGCAAGAUGGCAAAAACUACACGUGUACCUGCUCCCCUGGAUAUACGGGAAGACAUUGUGACACGGUAAUACCCUUGAAGCCGUGUGUCUCGAGUCCCUGCAGUAAUGGCAGUGUUUGUAACAACACACAAGACGGCAAAAACUACACGUGUACCUGCUCUCCUGGAUAUACGGGAAGACACUGUGACACGGUGAUACCCAAGCCGUGUGACUCGAGUCCCUGCAGUAAUGGCAGUGUUUGUAACAACACAAAAGACGGCAAAAACUACACGUGUACCUGCUCUCCUGGAUAUACGGGAAGACACUGUGACACGGUGAUACCCAAGCCGUGUGACUCGAGUCCCUGCAGUAAUGGCGGUGUUUGUAACAACACACAAGACGGCAAAAACUACACGUGUACCUGCUCUCCUGGAUAUACGGGAAGACACUGUGACACGGUAAUACCCUUGAAGUCGUGUGUCUCGAGUCCCUGCAGUAAUGGCAGUGUUUGUAACAACACUCAAGACGGCAAAAACUACACGUGUACCUGCUCUCCUGGAUAUACGGGAAGACACUGUGACACGGUGAUACCCAAGCCGUGUGACUCGAGUCCCUGCAGUAAUGGCAGUGUUUGUAACAACACACAAGACGGCAAAAACUACACGUGUACUUGCUCUUAUGGAUAUACGGGAAGACAUUGUAAUACUUUAAAAAAGCUUUCCUGUGAAGACAUUGUUUGCCAAUAUGGCGGCACGUGUAUCACGAUAAACGACGGUAUUGGCUGUGUUUGCGCCUUUGGAUUUACAGGGAGCCGCUGUGAAACACCAAUCGAGUGCGUAGAGUACCACAACCUAUCAGAACCUGAUGGAAAUGUAAAUGCCGCACGUGUUGGAAUGUUCUGUGACAACAUAUUGAUAACGGGCCAAUGGUAUCGAUUCGUCGGUGCUGCAGGAACGCGUCUAAUCAAUCACUGCCCAACAUCGGAGCAUCAACACUGCAAUACCGACAACCAGGUCUGGUUAAUAGAUGAUCAGCCCAAACCUAGAGAAAUUAGAAAAGAACUCAGGAAUAGCAUUCUCGCCAACUACAAUUGUUACGAGUGGCCUGGUAAAACCAACGCGACACACUGCAACGACUUCAUAGUGUAUCAACUAUGGUCGUUUAAAAACUGUUAUAUCCGCUACUGUACCGAAGGUUAGGAAAAGUAGGUGAGGAAUUGAGCAUAGCA